GUUUUCUAAGCCAGUUCGGCUGGCAUUUAGUUUAAGUUGAGGCGCAGGUCGGAACACGAUUUCGGCGGUGUGGUUUUUAACAGAUUCCAAACAAGUAAUGAGAGUUGUGUUAUCGAAUGAUCGGCAAGACUUCCAUUCCAUUCUGUUUUAUGUUUACUAAUGCAGAUUGAGAAUCCAGAGUGGGUGUUUUUACUGUCAUUAUGGCUUGUUAUCGACGACAAACUGUUGCUAAUUAGUUGAUUUCGACAGUUCUUUUAAUCAUUAUAUUUAGUUUUUAUUCUUAUUUUCGACAAUGGGUAAUUGCUUCAGUAGAACUGCUAACAAAAAUGCCAAGAAAGAAGUCAUCGGACAAGCACCCGUUGAGAGGAAUAUUCUUGACAAUUGUACGACCCCUCCUAUCAUUUCUCAAUCUCUGGAGUCUUCUGUGACAAUUCUUAGAUAUAAUCCAGAUCCUGUCGGCAGAAACGGCCCUAGUUUACCCCCAGUUCCCUCUGAUUCUGACAGUUCUUCAGGUUCUAGUGCCAAAAUUUUCGUCGCUCUGUAUGAUUACGAUGCCCGAACGGAUGAAGAUCUGAGCUUUAAGAAAGGUGAACAUUUAGAAGUUCUUAAUGAUACACAAGGAGAUUGGUGGUUUGCUAGAUCAAAAGCUACUAAACAAGAAGGAUAUAUUCCAUCGAAUUACGUUGCUAAACUAAAAUCGAUUGAAGCCGAACCAUGGUAUUUUGGAAAAAUCAAGCGAAUUGAAGCGGAAAAGAAGCUUUUGCUCCCCGAGAACGAACACGGGGCUUUCUUGAUAAGAGACAGCGAGAGCAGGAGAAACGACUUUUCUCUCUCAGUGCGCGAUGGAGAUACAGUGAAGCAUUACAGAAUUCGACAGCUAGAUGAAGGUGGCUUCUUCAUAGCCAGAAGGACAGCUUUCCGAACUUUACAGGAAUUAGUGGAGCAUUAUAGCAAAGAUGCUGAUGGAUUAUGUGUCAAUUUACGAAAGCCGUGUAUUCAGGUUGAGAAACCCACUACGGGUGGUUUGUCUCACAACACCAGAGAUCACUGGGAGAUUGACAGAAGUUCCCUCAACUUCGUGCGAAAACUGGGCCAAGGGCAGUUCGGAGAAGUCUGGGAAGGACUCUGGAAUAACACAACCCCUGUAGCCAUUAAAACAUUGAAAACUGGCACUAUGGAUCCCAAGGACUUCUUAGCUGAAGCACAAAUAAUGAAGAAACUGAGGCAUCAGAAAUUGGUUCAACUUUAUGCUGUGUGCACUUUAGAAGAACCUAUUUACAUUAUUACUGAGCUGAUGAAAAAUGGAAGUUUAUUAGAAUAUUUGCAGGGAAAAGCUCGAGCUUUGAAACUUCCUCAAUUGAUUGAUAUGGCUGCACAGAUCGCUUCAGGAAUGGCAUAUCUUGAAUCUCAGAACUAUAUACAUAGAGACUUAGCUGCAAGAAAUAUACUUGUAGGAGAAAAUAAUAUAGUUAAAAUUGCAGAUUUUGGCUUAGCUCGUUUAAUAAAGGAGGAUGAAUACGAAGCUCGUGUAGGUGCUAGAUUUCCCAUUAAAUGGACUGCUCCAGAGGCAGCAAACUAUAGCAAAUUUUCUAUUAAAUCAGAUGUCUGGUCCUUUGGUAUACUGCUCACUGAAUUAGUUACUUAUGGAAGAAUACCCUAUCCAGGAAUGACCAAUGCUGAAGUCCUUCACCAAGUGGAGCAUGGCUAUCGAAUGCCCUGUCCCCCUGGAUGCCCUGCUGCCCUGUAUGAAAUUAUGCUCGAGACAUGGCAUAAAGAUCCCAUGAAAAGACCCACCUUCGAGACCUUGCAGUGGAAACUGGAAGACUUCUUUACCUUAGAAGGCUCUGAGUAUAAGGAAGCUUCUAAUGUCUACUAAAGGGAUGGUCGAAUUUUUUCUUCUCUUAAGGAAUAUUAUUUAUUAUUAUGUUUUUGGUUUAAAGACAUUUUUAAGCAAAAACGCAAAUGCAAUGACCCAAUUUAGGUUUACAAAUGUAUUUCCUAUGCAGGUUGUACUCAGUGGGUGCCAAAGCAAUUUUCAAAAGAUUUUAAAAGGUUUUACUGAUAACAGCAGAACAUUGGUAAUCGAUUUUUUUUUUAAAUUAUUAUCUAGAUUAUCAAUUGUGUACUGUAUUUGUCCAGGACAUCUGCUUUAUUCAAAAGCAAUUUUUUUAACCUUAAGUUUGUGGAUCUGUGUAAUUUUUCUUUUAUGUGCUAAUGUGAAGAACUGUUCAAAUGUAAUUUUGCCUUGUUUUAGGAACGUCUUUUCUUCUGUUCAGUUUAAUAACAAAUGCAUGUUUAAGGAAAGUCUCUGAGAGAACAAUUGUGAGUUUUACAGCAUGAUUUUUUUUUUAAAAUUUUGUUGUGAUUCUAAAAAGUUUUUUUCUUCCCAUUUUAAUAAAUCUUUGAAUUAAGUAGAACUUUUCUGAAUUUACUGAAAUAAAAACAAUUUUUAAAGAUAAAGAAUUGAAAUUUGAUUUCAAACUACCUCUUGCUCUAAGGAUCCAGGAUUACAAUGCUUCUUCUUCUUUUUUUCUUUUUCUUUUUUUGAAGUGAAACAUUUACAACAUACUUUGUAAAAUUUUAGGGUCACUUCUGUGUAGUUGUUACUGCACUUUGCUCAACAUAAAGACACUUUAGAUUGAAGGAGACAAUAGUUUUAUGUAAAUGUUGAUUAUGAGACAGUUGUGUAUACACUGCCAUGGCAUUAUGUAUUAUACUUGUUGAAACUGUGUAAGUUACUGGUUGAAAAGAUGUACAUUUUUUUUAUCUAUAUUGAAUGAAAAUAUUUUUAAUUUGUUUGCAUUCCAUUACUGUUAUGUAUAAUGGUAAGACAUUUUAAAAAUUAAUUCCAGAUGUAUAUUAGUAUAUGUGUUUAUUUGCCUUUAUUUUUUCCCCCAUUUGUACUCACUCAUCUUUUGAUUUUUACAUCAAAUAUUUGAUUUUAUUUAUCAAUUUGUCAUUUAUUGAUAAAAUUAAAUUUAUUGAGAAAUAUCUAAAUCUAUUGAUAAAAAUAUAUUAAUUACCAAUUUCUUUAAUCUAUAAUUCAGAUUAUGAAAAUGAUCUUUUUAUGAAAUGGUGAUAGAUGAUUGGCUUUUAGAAUUUUAACUACAUAAUUGAUACAAAUGAUAACUACUAUGAAAAUGAUUAUUGCUUUAAUCAGAAGAUGAGUGAAGAAAGUAACUGAUUAGAUUCCUUUUUCAGUAAUUUUUUAUAAUGACCAAAGCAUUCAUUUAAUGCAAAAGUAGGAUUAUGUAAAUUUUCAUUAUGUAGGAUUUAUUUGGUAUGUUUUAUAAAAAGACAUUUAUGAAAGGAAAAAAAAUGUAUUUGUGAAAUAAUUCAGUGAUAAAUGAUCUAUAUGCAGUGUGUUUCAUAGAUAAUUUUAAAUUAUAUACCCUUAUGCCCUACGUUUGUUUUGUGUACUUUUUCAACUCGCAUUUAUUUUCUGCAGAUUGUCAGACAUAUCUAGAGAAGCAACCUUUUCAAAUGUUGUUCAGAAUAAGCUGUGAUAAAACUUGAGGAGUAUUAUAUUUUGGCAUGCUCAUUUUUGUUUAUUAUUUUAAUAGAACAAUUCUUAUUGUUAACCAUCUCUUAAAUUUUUUUUUUUAUUUUUUUUUUAUUUAAUUAGAAUAUUUAACAUAUAAAAUUUAUUAAGAAAAUGUUUACAUUAAUGUUGCAAGUAAGCUAAAAAAUUUACUUUAAAAUUUUCUUUAUAAAUAAAGAUUAUUUUAUAGAAAAUUAAAUUAUGUACACAAAUGCAUUAAUUGACUUCAAAAAUUUAUUAAUUUAAAGUCUUUAAAUAUUCAAGUAUUAUACCCAUGUUCAAUAAUUGAAAUUUUAUUCCUUUAUUCAUUAUGGUCUUGGGAAAUAAAAUGUAAAUUUUGUUAACAUAAAUUUUCCUACUGUUAAAUUUGAUUGUUAUGUCUUUCAAUUUUAAGAUUUUUGAGUAUAAUAGUGUGAAAAUCUGCAAACACUAUGUAAAGUCGAGCUAAAGUUUUUAACCAAUUUUAGAGUUGUUAAAACCUGAAAAAUUAACAUUUUUACUAUGUUUUUAAAAAUGACAUUACCCAAGAUAUCUAUCGUUAAAUUCCAAAUCAUUGUUGUUACUGUUGUUGCUCAAUUUAAUUGUUGUCUUAAUCUAUUUCUCCCUCAUAGCUGUAGAUUCUAUUUCAUAAUAAAACUAACUGAUUUAAACUUUCUAUGGACUAUAAAUUUGUAUUUGUUACUUAAAAAAAACCUUGUUUUAUUUUUUGAGAUUUAAGGCUAUUUGGUAAAAAUGUUUUGUUAUUAUUGACUGGAUAUAUAUAUAGUAUUUUCUGUUAGCUACAGUUUUUGGCUGAAAUUAUAGAAUUUAUUUCUACAAUCAUGAGAGAUGUAUGUGAUAUUGCAUCUUUUUAAGUGAUGGAAUUUAAAUGUUACUGGCUGUAAAAGUUUUAAAAAUGUUUGAAAUGCUUCAAAAAUUUAAAAAUUAGUAAAAAUGUGAAGAUUUUUUUUUAUACAUAAGUAGAGGUAAUUGCAUAUCAUUUGUAUAAAUAUAGUUUUGUAUAAAAUUGCUGCAUUAAUUUUGAACUUUUUGAAUAUUGCUUUAAAUAUGUAUUAAAAAAUUUUUAGCAAACAGGUAUUUUACCCAUUUGUAUUCAAAGUUUGUUGCAAUACUUGUUUGUAAACAUUUUGUAAAAAAUAUAAUAGAUGUUUAUAAAGUUCUUUAUUUUUGUGUCUUAUUGAGUUAACAAUUUAAAAUUUACUUUCUUAAAUUAUGUACACAUACUGUAUACAUUAUUGCAUAUAUAUGCAGUUUUCUGUAUUCUUUUUAUACAUAAUUUCUAAGUACUUUUAGAGCUUUAAAAAAAAUCUACUUUUA